CCAUCUCGUCACGUUAGCCGUGUGUGGCUAGAAGAAAGCUAGCUCGUCGCUCGCAGGCUUGUUGUGUGCGCGCUCCAAAAAACAACAACAAAAAAAACAAAAAAAACGAUUUUACCCGAAAAGAAAGCAAGCAUUUUACUCGUAAAGGUCGUGUAUAAAUCGCGAGGGGCGAAGGUGAAGGUCGAGACACCAGCCCAAACUGAUCCCAGCCCACAGUGUCAAACAUCAGACAGACGACAGCCCUGCACACAGACGCUAUGGAUCGUUCACCCACCACCGCCAGCCUGAUGGCCAGCAGCAACGUCACCAACAGGACCGACCAGCGCUCCCUCAACUCUCGGGUCUUCAUCGGCAACCUCAACACCCUGCUGGUCACCAAGGCGGAUGUCGAGGCCAUCUUCUCCAAAUACGGCAAGAUCGUGGGCUGCUCUGUCCACAAGGGCUACGCCUUCGUUCAAUACGCCAAUGAGAGGAACGCGCGGGCCGCCGUCGGCGGGGAGGACGGGAGGAUGAUUGUCGGACAAGUUCUUGACAUCAACCUGGCUGGAGAACCCAAACCUCACAGGUCAAAAACCACCAAACGCUCAGCUGGCGACAUGUACAGCAGCUCCUCGUUUGAACUCGACUACGACUUUCAGAGAGAUUAUUACGACAGAAUGUACUCAUACCCGUCCCGCGUUCCCGCUCCCCCUCCUCCCUUGUCGCGGGCUGUGAUCCCUUCCAAGCGCCCGCGGGUCAGCCUGAGCGGAGGAAGCAGCCGGCGAACCAAGAGCAGCUUCUCCUCAUCCUCCAAGAGCAGUCAGAGGACUUCAUCGUCCAAAACAAUGAAAGUGGACGAGCUGCAGACCAUCAAGCGGGAGUUGACUCAGAUUAAAAGCAAAGUGGACGAUCUGCUGGAGAGCCUGGAGCGCAUGGAGAAGGACCACGGCAAGAAGUCAGAAGCUAAGGGCAUAAAAACGGAGCCAGGUGAAGUGACAUCACCUCCACACCCGAGCAACAAGAAGGACGAGGGGCUGAAGAGAGACCGGGAGAGCCAGGAGAUGAACGACUCGGAUGAGGAUGAUGACGACGACGACGAGGAAGAGGAGGGAGACCUGCUGGAGGAGGAAGAGGUGAAGAGUCAAGAGAGGGAGGACGAGGAGGAAGAAGAGGAGGAGGAAGGAGAACACGUGGAAGGUGACGAUGACGGCGACAGUGUCAACGGUGAGGAGGACUCGUAGACCCGGACCAUACCGACGCAUGCAGCGUACACACAGCUUCCAGUAGGAACUCGGACUCCUGUUUUAACACUCAUAUUG